AAAGAAUGUUUGAAACAAGAUUUAUACCUUGUUUGGUUGUCUUCGUGUUGGGUUAUGUAUUGAAUGGAUUAAAGAGUGCCUUAAAUCCCGAAUAAUUCUUAGCCUUUUUGGGUUAUAUGGGUUUAAGCAUUUUUGCAUACGUGUUAUCAUAUUGGAUGAUUCCUAAGAUUGCUAAAUUAACUGAGAAAGCAGAUAUAUUUGGUUAUGAUAUAAAUAAAAAAGGUAUUCUAUUAAUUUAAUUUAAUAGGCACUGAUGCUGGUAAAAUAAAAAUUCCAGAAUCCUUAGGCAUUGUACCUGCUACAAUUUAUCUCAUUUUCAAUAUUAUAGGAAUACUAUUUACUAGAGCAUAUAUGCCUGAUUUAAUAAUGUCACAUAUCUCAGGAUUGUUAGCUAUUACAUUUAUAGUAUUUUUGGGUUUUGCUGAUGAUGUUUUGGAUUUGGCAUGGAGAUAUAAAUUGUUAUUACCACCAAUUGCAAGUUUACCUGUUAUUGUUGCAUAUACAGGAGGAACAUAAAUAGUUUUACCUCAAUUAAUUAGACCAUAUCUUGGAUAAACAAUUGAUUUAGGACCAAUAUAUUAUCUUUAUAUGAUUAUGUUAUCUACUUUCUAAUCAAAUGCAAUUAACAUAUAUGCUGGAGUCAAUGGAUUAGAAGUAGGAUAAUCUAUAAUUAUUGCAUUGUCAAUAGCAAUAUAUAAUGUCAUUGAAAUUUCAACAUAAUAAUAACAUUUAUUUAGUCUGAUGAUUAUAGUACCAUACAUUUCAUCAGCAUUAGCAUUAUACAAUUAUAAUAGAUAUCCAUCUAAAGUAUUUGUUGGAGAUGUAUUUUGUUAUUGGUCUGGAAUGACAUUUGCAGUGGCUGCUGUACUUGGUCAUUUUUCAAAAACUUUGAUGUUAUUCUGCAUUCCACAACUUAUUAAUUUCUUGUAUUCACUUCCAUAACUAUUUGGAAUAAUUCCAUGUCCAAGACAUAGAUUACCAAGGUAUCAUUUAAUUUAAAUUUAUAGAUAUGAUGAAAAGACAGGUUUGUUAUAUCCAAUCAAAACUAAUUUAACUUUAAUCAAUUUGAUGUUGUUAAUUAAGGGACCAACAAGCGAAAAGAAUUUAUGCAGAGUUUUGUUAUCAUUCUAAAUACUAUGUACGAUUAUUGGAUUUGCUAUAAGAUAUUUGGGGUCAUAGAUGUUCUUUUGAUAAAUAUUUUAUAAGUUAUAAAUUAUAU